GGAGCGAUGACGUAGCGGGGGCUGGGCCCUGGACCGGCGCCUUUGCCGCUGCUGCCGCCGCUGUCGUCGCCGCCGUCGCCGCCGCCGCGACCGCGGGAGAUGGAAGAGAAGGAGCAGCUGCGGCGGCAGAUCCGCCUCCUGCAGGGUCUCAUAGAUGACUACAAAAACCUGCAUGGCAAUGCCCCAGCCUCAUCGACUACACAGUGGCAUCAGUCCACAUAUAGCAGUGGCAGGGCUUUCAGCACCCGAUAUCCUCAUUCUGGUCAGAGGGGUUUCCCACCACAUCACGGGCCCUCGUGGCGGAAAAAAUACUCCCUUGUGAAUCGACCUUCAGGAUCCAUGGAUCAGCCUGGAGAUAAUGGAAGCACCAGCAUAGCUCAGCCUUCUCUCAGUUCAGAGGACAGUCAGGACCCAUCUCAUCAGUAUGUCCUCGAGAGGCAGGUUCAGCUCAAUCCAGAUCAGAACAUGGUAAUCAAAAUUAAACCACCACCAAAGUCUGACUCAGCUGCUGACUCUGAUGCCUAUAGAGGCUCAAUUGAUGAUAAUGAAGGGAGUCACAGGAAUGACCAAAGGCCCCAGGAAGGUGAGGGAGAUCCCCCAGGGGGGAAGUUGCAGGGCGUUUGGCCAAUAAAACUUGAUGAUAGUAGCAGUAAGGAUGACCCCGUCUUGGUCUGUCUCAAAGAACCUGGCAAGCCUCGGGUUGUGAGGUCUAUGGCCACUACUCCCGGAGGCUCUCAUGAACCCCGAAGGACUCUUAGUGAAAGUGCCAUUGUAUUAAAGUCCCGGUCUCCUAGCCUGCCUCAUAGUGGUUCGGGUGUUGUGAGGAAAGGAGGCUUCUCUGUUCCAUCCAGUUUAGGUUUACAGCACACUGGGUCAGAGAGAGACUCUCUCUUUAGUCAUCCAAGCAGCCCUGCCCAGGCAGAGGCAUCUGUCAUUGUUACAAGGAAACACAGUCACUCUCCUAAGCAAGUCAGAGAAGGCUCUUUGCUGGUGCCUUGCAGGACUAAUAAAUUUCGGAGAAACAACUAUAGAUGGGUUAACAGCUCAGUGAAGAACCCGAGGGCCAUUAGAAGAUAUUCCAGCCCAAGAACAGCUCCUGAGACCACUCGAAAGGUAUCCUUUGGUACAUUUGAAAGAACUGGGAAGUCACAGCUCAGGACUGACCUAGAUACCAAGUCAAAGAAAGCAUCAAUGACAUCUAAGCCUGGAACCUCAACCAGCAAGUACAAAUGGAAAGCUUCUAGCUUGUCAGCUUCGUCUUCAUCCUCUUUCCUUUGGCAGUCUGAUCCUGCCAGCAGAGAUAGGCCCUCCCACCCCUCCUCAGUAGACUCAAGAUCUCCCAACCUCAAUAGAACGGGAGUGGGAGUCAGUGGAUUAAAGACUGCCUAUGGUGAAACACCCCUCUCUCCUUACAAAGUAAAGAGCCGAACCAAGAUCAUUCGGAGGAGGGGGAGUACAAGCCUUCCUGGUGAUAAGAAGAGCUGUCCUUCACCAUCCAGUACACCAAAGAACCAUUACAGCCUCCGUCGGAGACAUAGCCUGAGGGGAAAAGUCACUCCUGUGCUCAAGAGGACUCCAAACAAAGGGCUUGUACAGAUUACCAAGCACCGGUUGUGCCGGCUACAGCCAACCCGGGGUCCUUUGUCUGCUAAGGAAGCACCAAGCUUACAUGCCUUACGGACUUCUCCAUCCAACAAAGUGAUUAAGACCCGUUACAGGAUAGUGAAGAAGAAUUUUCCAUCUCCAUUCAGUCUUCCACCUUUCAACGUUCCCAGUUCCUCAUGGAGAUCCAGGCGGCUUGCAGCAUCCAGACUGAAUCGAGUGCGACACUCAGCCCAGAGUGGGAAAUCGCAGACAAGUCCACCAACAUGGAAGAGCAAGGGCUACCGGUGUAUUGGAGGCGUCAUGUACAGGGUGUCUGCUAACAAGCUUUCCAAGACCUCGGGCAGGCCUAAUGAUGGGAACCACAAGCAUCUUCUACGAGCAGGAAGGUCAGAUGGAGCCAUCAGCAGCCCCUGCUACUCCCCUGGCAGUGCCAGCCUGGCCCGAGGAAGUACAAGUCGCUCAAUUGCCAGCCGAGCCAUCCAACGCAGCCUGGCUAUCAUCCGCCAGGCUCGUCAGAAGAAGGAAAAGAAAAGGGACUACUGCAUGUACUAUAAUCGCUUUGGAAAGUGCAACCGGGGCCAGCAUUGCCCUUACAUCCAUGACCCUGAGAAGGUGGCUGUGUGUACCAGGUUUUUACGGGGCACAUGCAAGAAGACAGAUGGGACCUGCCCAUUUUCUCACCAUGUUUCCAAAGAGAAGAUGCCUGUGUGUUCCUACUUCCUGAAAGGGAUCUGCAAUAAUAGCAACUGCCCCUACAGCCACGUGUACGUGUCAAAGAAGGCAGAGGUCUGCGUGGACUUUCUUAAAGGCUACUGUCCCAUGGGAGAAAAGUGCAAGAAAAAGCAUAUGCUUCUGUGCCCAGACUUCUCCCGGAAGGGGAGCUGCCCCAGGGGCCUACAGUGCCAGCUGCUCCACCGGCCCAGGAAGCGCCUCAACAGGCGGUCUGCUCCUCCACAGCCCCCUGAGACUCACGGCUCACCCACCAAGUGGAGAAGAUUGCGGAGCACUGGCCCCAGGAAGUACACAUCUCCGAAGUCACAGGCCCAGAACACCUCCAGCUCCUCCUCCUCUUCUUUCCUGUCAUCAUCAUCAGCAUCCUCUUCCUCAGUACCAUCAGAUGCAGAGGAGCCACAUGAAGGGAACAUGGAGGCAUCAGGUUCCAGGAACCUCUCCAAGCUGCCCUCCUACAUAUCUUUGCAGUCUUCAUCUAGUCCUCGGGGCCACUCGGCUUCCCGAGCACGCAGGAAGAGCCCCGCCAAAGAGGAGACGGGUUAUCCAUGGCGAACAUUUGAGCCCAAGUUGCCUCCCCGCCUCCGUUCCGCGCACUCUCGCCACCCGGCCCCCGUGGGUCUGGGGGACGCAGACUCAAUGGAACCCCAGCCUGAGCCACGCAGUAUUAGGAGGGGAAGCCGCUGCAGAUCAAGCCUCGACUCUGAGGUGCCCAGGGCCCGGCCCACGAGGCGGCAGCGCCCCUCAGGAAGCCCAGCAGCCCGGCCCCAGACUGGCGCCUACCUCAAGGCCCCAAGGGCCAGAAACUGCUGUCGAUGCCGCUGCCGCUGCUGCUGCCACUGCCAAAAGAGGGGUCGGGGCCAGGGUCUCCGCCCUGCCAGUGCUCGCUGGGCCACCGUCUCCCCUACUCCCUCAAGGAGCUGGCAGGCAUUUUCCCCACUUGACUUUUAGCCUUUUCUUAUUUAAAGAGUGACCAGGGCCUUCUCUUCUCCCACUUCCCCUUCCUCACUUUUUCUUCACAUACGUUAUCCUCAUUCCCUUCCUUACCCCAAGUCUGGUCUCAGGGCACAGGUCAGCACAGCCAUGCCCCUGAAGUAGGUAUCAAGGCCACCCAACAGCAUACCUCCCUUCCCCUGUUCCAAGACCCCUCACCCCAUCCCCCAGAGCCCCAGUUCUCUCCAGCCUAUCAGCUGUGAAUAGAGUUUGGGGACCCAAUUCCUUUUAGGUGGCGUGCUCCAGAUGGGCCUUCCUCACAUUGGGCACAGGGUAAGGAGAAGGUGGACAUGGAGCUUUCUGGGGAUGGAGGUGCUCUUUCCUAGUAUAUUAGAUUGCAUAGCAACAGAGAAGUCCCCAGGGCUCCCCAUGGGUGGAGGAAGCUUUUCUCUCCUUCCCCACCACUCCCAAACUCCCCGCCACAAGUGCAGUAGGUAGCCAUGUGAGCAGCAGGGCUCUCAGCCCUGGGUUAGUGACCCAGCAGCAGCACAGAACUCCUUCCUCCCCUCCUCUAGGGUUGUGGGCCUGACACUUCUCCCCUUCUCUCUACUCUCCUUUCUGGCUCUUGCCCCCACCCCAGUCCCCAUCUCUCUCCUUUCUUCCUCUGAUGUCUCCUUCUGAUCUCCCUACUUCCCCUUUCCUCAUCCUUCCCCCCUUCUCCUCCUGUGGCCUCUUUUCUUCACCUGCUUGUAUAUGUGUGAAUGUGAUCUGCUCUGUGGCUCUGAAAGAUGUAACCAAGAUACCUUGAUCCCCUCCAAGUGGCUCCAUGGAGUAUAGCCCCCAAGAGAGGGGGAAGCCACCAAUGUGUCCCCAUCCCCCUGCCCAUCACCACCACCGUGGUCCUACUGCUGGCCUAGCCACCCUGGCCUCUUUUUGGCGUUUUAUGUUCAGCAAUAAAAGUUCCUGUGUCUUA